UUUAAAUAGCGCAUGCGCAGCGGGCGGAGCCUGCGGAAGUCCUGACGGGAAGGUCUUUUUGUUUGGGCCGCUCAGACACUCGACACUUUGCUUCCAUUCCUCGGCUUCACAACCGUUUUUUAUCUGCAUUAAUUUCGGGUGUCUUUUAUGAAUAAUCAAAAGCAGCAAAAGCCAACGCUAACAGGCCAGCGUUUCAAAACGAGGAAAAGAGAUGAAAAGGAGAGAUUUGACCCUACUCAGUUUCAAGAAAGUAUCGUACAAGGCUUGAAUCAAACUGGCACUGAUUUGGAAGCGGUCGCAAAGUUCCUCGAUGCCUCUGGCGCCAAGCUUGACUACCGCCGCUAUGCAGAGACACUCUUUGACAUCCUGGUGGCUGGCGGGAUGCUGGCCCCAGGAGGGACUCUCUCUGAUGACAUGACUCGCACAGAGUACUGCCUCUUCACGGCACAAGAAGACCUGGAGACAAUGCAAGCAUAUGCUCAGGUUUUUAACAAGCUGAUCAGGCGUUACAAGUACCUGGAGAAGGGUUUCGAAGAGGAGAUCAAGAAGUUGCUGCUGUUUCUAAAGGGGUUUACUGAGUCUGAGCGCAACAAACUUGCCAUGCUGGCCGGCAUCCUGCUGGCCAACGGCAGCAUAUCAGCCUCCAUCCUGAGCAGUCUCUUCAACGAGAACCUUGUCAAAGAAGGCGUUUCUGCAGCCUUCGCUGUCAAACUGUUCAAGUCAUGGAUCAACGAGAAGGACAUCAACUCUGUUGCUGGCAGUCUUCGCAAAGUUGGCAUGGACAACAGGCUGAUGGAACUCUUUCCGGCCAACAAACGGAGCUGCGAGCAUUUUUCAAAGUACUUCACCGACGCUGGGCUGAAGGAGCUGUCCGACUUCGCCCGCAACCAGCAAUCCAUCGGCGCUCGCAAGGAGCUGCAGAAGGAGCUCCAGGAGCAGAUGUCCCGAGGUGACCCUCUGAAGGAGAUUAUCGCCUUCACCAGGGAGGAGAUGAAAAAGGCCAACCUCUCUGAGCAGGCCAUGAUCAGCAUUAUCUGGACCAGUGUGAUGAGCUCCGUGGAGUGGAACAAGAAGGAAGAGCUCGUGACCGAACAAGCCAUCAAACACUUGAAGCAAUACAGCCCUCUGCUGAAAGCCUUCACCUCCCAGGGUCUGUCUGAGCUCAGCCUGCUGCUGAAGAUCCAGGAGUACUGCUACGACAACAUCCACUUCAUGAAGGCCUUUCAGAAGAUCGUGGUGCUCCUCUAUAAAGCGGAUGUAUUGAGUGAAGAGGCCAUACUGAAGUGGUACACUGAAGCCCACCUUGCCAAGGGGAAGAGCGUUUUCCUCGAGCAGAUGAAAAAAUUUGUGGAGUGGCUGAAGAACGCAGAGGAAGAGUCGGAAUCGGAGGAAGAGGAGGCGGACUAAAACCUCAAUCGCCAGACGAGUUUCUUUUUUCUUUUGUUUUUCUUUUAAAAAAGUAGGAGCAGGAGCAGUAGAAUGUCUUUGCCCUUUUUCCUCCUUCUACAUUCUGUUACGGUUUAUUUAUCCACAGAUGCAAACAAACCUCCACCACUACCAAACAUUUAAAGUUUGUCCAAAUAAAACGGGUCCUUAACUCACAAUAUGGAGCGCAGUGGGAGCAGAAAACGGCAAAUUCUCCCCUUUUCCCUUCUUUGGUCAUUUUGAUGCCUUCUGUAAUUUGGAUUAUGAAAACGUGUUCGAUUUUCAGUGGCUGCUGCUCCUAAGUCUGAGGUUCAUCUUCAUGUGACUACAGCCAAACUUUGUUUUCUCUUUUCUCCCCCUCUUUAUUUUUUUCUCUUUUUAAAAUUGACUCGGCUCAUGUUUUGGCUCCUGUUCGGUCUUAAACUUCGCCUUCUUGACUUUUUGGGUAAACUUGUACUGCCUGUCGAGGUCGCUCCAGUCAGUUUGUCAGAAGACACGCCCCCCUAUAAAAUGCCUCGCCAGCUAACGAUUAUUAUUGGUUUCUACUUUCUUUAAUCUGAUAAGCCGAUUUGACUUUUUUAUGAAAUAAAGAUUAUUGAAACUGUU